UUUUGUUUUAUUAAUUUCUGUUGUUAUUUGGCUCUUAAAAAGUUAGUAACUUGCGACGGUACUGAGCUCUGAGUUCUUGUAGAAUCACUCGCUCGCGAAUUGUAGCUUUCUCCCGAUACACGACCAGUCUUGGUGCGAUCGCCUUUUUGUGUCUUUCGUUCGAAAAUAUACGUCUACGAAAGUGCGCAUUGAAAAACCAAUUGUAUCAGUAAAUAUGAUAUAUGUCGCAAAUUCAUAGUAUACCGUUACAAAUGAAAGAAAAUAGUGCACUCGCGCAUAUAUUUGUGUGUAGUUGUGAAUGGUUUAUGACCUUUGUGUUAGAAGUAUCAAGAAUUUAAAAGAGAAGAUGGAAACAUACUGAAAGUGCUUAAAAGUGAUUAAAGAAUACAAAAUAUAGUUGCUAAAAAAUUUUAAUUUAACAAAUUAUUGGACUGUAAUAAAUUAUUGGGUCGUAUUAUUUUUUUAGUAAAAUUCCAAGACAAUUAUUACAUUGUGUUCAUAUGAGAUAUGUGGCAUAUCUCAAUGUCGUACUCAAUGGAUUACUUUCAAUCGACUUGUUGAAUUUGAUCAUCAUCAACAAUUGAAGACUUACCUGAGCAUUUCUGAUCUUUGAGAUGUGCGAUUGGAAUGGCAGAAAAGUUGCGUGAAGCAGCUGCACAUGGCGAUGUUGAUCGAGUUGUGCGCUUGCUCAACGAAAAUGUUAAGCUGUUACCUGAUGAACAUGGAAAUUCGGCAUUGCACGAAGCAUCAUGGCGUGGCUACAGUCGGACUGUGGCAAUUCUGGCGAAAGCCCUUGGGACUCAACGGACCUCACUACAUGCCAGGAAUUUUGCUGGAUUUGCACCGCUUCACCUGGCUUGUCAAAACGGUCAUAAUCAAACCUGUCGAGAACUCCUUCUAGCCGGCAGCAAUCCCGAUCUUCAGAAUAACUAUGGCGAUACGCCACUUCACACUUCGGCACGUUAUGGUCACGCCGGCGUAAUGCGUAUAUUAAUCUCAGCUCUGUGCAAAGUCUCUGAUCAAAAUAAAAAUGGCGAUACUGCUUUACAUAUAGCUGCAGCUAUGGGGCGCCGAAAAUUGACGCGCAUUCUUUUAGAAGCUGGUUGUGAUCGAAAUCUGCGCAAUAAACAAAAUGAAACGGCUAAAGAUAUUGCCCGCCGUAAGAAUCAUAUUGAAAUUCUAGAAAUUAUUUCUAGGGCGCGAGGUAAAAGCCGAACGCGCAGUAAAAGCCGUGAGGGUGGUUCAGUAGAUGGCAAAAUAGAUGAUAAUAAGGCGAUGAGAUCUGAUAAAAAGCGAGAAAAAAGUGGAAGCGGCACAAGUGGUGGCGGCGGAAGUAAUUCAAAGAAAGAUCGAAAGAAGUAUAAGGCCAAUAGCAAACAGCAUAAAGUCCGCUUUGAAAGAGCUAUUAUGGGUCGACAAUGGUCACCUUAUGGUUGUCACUAUUAUCCAGAUCCAGAAUCAUUCCCUCAACCUCGUCUAGAUUCGCUACCAGCUGAUCCUUUAGGUCGAGGUGAACAGUAUUACUUAGAUCUAGCAGGUAAUAUCAGAAAGGGUCCAGUUGGUGUGGGAUACACAUGCUAUUGUGCACCAUUUUUCCGGCAUAUGGAGGCAAAGCUGGAACGAGAUAAGGCCGAAUUAAAAGCACAUAUCGAUCAGGCUCACGAAAAGUUAGAUUUAAAAGUUGCCAAUUUAGAAAGGAGGACCAGAGGACAAAUUUCGCAUUUAACUAAAUGCGUUCAGGAAGAACACUCUAGAUGUAAUGAGAAGUAUUCGCAUCUUCAGCAACAUCUACAGCGAGGUGGGAGAGGUAGAUAUAGCGAGAGGCUAGUAAAAACCAACUACAAUCAAUCGGAAGUUAUAUCUCCAAUAAGGACGAGAUCAUUAGAGGAUUUGUUGGAUGACCGACCACAAGAUCGUAGUUUUGAAAUUCCUGGAGAAACACCCAUUCAUCGUGGAAGUUUAGACGAUCUCGAUAUACCAGCUAUACCUAGACUUAGUAUAUCCAUGAAAGAAUUGCCUUCACAAUCUAGAAUAACUAAAUCUGAACUCAGAGUAUUAGAUAUUUCUCCAAAAUUGAACGAAACAUUCCAUGGAAUUAUUAAACAGAGUGGAAAUUCGUCCCCAGAUAUAGUUGCGAUAGAAUCAGCUCCUAUGAACGAAAGACAACAAAGAAGUUGUGUGUCGCAUGACAUGCUUAGUAUGAACAUGUGCAUGGACGAGAGCAAAAUCCAAAAGAUUAACCAUGGGAAUAUGAUAGAAUGGAAUGGCAGUGUCCAGGAGAUGAUAAAACAAUUUCAACAAGUACCUGAUAUACAUAAUAGUUGGCGAAGAAGUCACUCCGAAAGCGAUGAACAGGCCAGUCUGGAAGAACGUAUCAAAUGCUCUCAAAAUCGAAGAGUUCACACUCAAGAUAGUGACAAUAGUGAGGAGAAAGAUGAUGAGAUUGAACAAUCCAAAACAUAUAAAGAGAUGAACUGCAAGAAAGAUAUCUCCAAAGAUAUGUCGUAUGACAUUGCACAAAUGCCGUACAGAUCACGUAAAUCUGUGUACAGUCCAACAUCACUUUUACACGACACUCAUAAUGAUUCUGGAUACAGCACACGCAUGUAUGGCUCCAGCAAAGGUGCGUCGCCUUCGUUAUCAGGUCAGUUAGAAUGUGAUGUGAUCUUAUCACCUUCAAUAGGAUCAUUCACAAGUGGAGGACAACUCACCGCCUUAUUGAAACAGCCAAGGAAACACAAUCUAACAAUUUAUGAACGAAAUACUGAUAAUGUUGUCAUUAACAUCGGUACUGCUAGUUUGGUUUAACAUAAUUGAGGAUGUAUAUUCAAUUGAAAAAAACUUGGUUUUUAAAAUAUACGUGUCACUUUGUACAUAACAUAUAAUAUAACAUUGUUCUAGAAAUGUUAUAAUAACAAUUGUUUUACUGUUAAUAUUGUCACUACAAGUAUCAUAUUCGUUCACGUUGCCAUAACAUUAUUUCAAAAAAAUAAAAACGCCAAACUAAAAAAAUAA